GAAAUAAAUACAUACACUCGAUAUUUUAAAAUGCCACAUACUUAUUAUUAUUUAUUAUUUAGUUACUGACAAUUAAAAUACGACUCUCCCCCUCCCUUUUUUUUUUUUACCAAUCAGGCACUACUUACUAAGAGCUAGAAGAAACGUUUUGUGGACUGCAUUGUGUCUAUUUUCCAAACAGCCAUGAGACGAAGACAAGAAAACCAGUUGUCCAGACCAACAGCAGCUCACGUCUCUGUACCUCUCUUUAACCAGAAGAAAAGAAACAGGAUUCCUAUGACAUCGUCUCCUUCUUUGAACGAAUUCUUCUCCCACAGUGAAUACAAGACAAGCACGAGUUCAGCUGCAUCUGAGGGUGCUUCAGGUGGUUACACAGCCACAGGUACAUCUUAUGGUGUUUAUCCAAAUGGAGGAGGAGGAGCUUGUUAUAAUAGCCAGAGUGUCCAACAAGCUCCUUUAUCACAGACGUGUGACGGCAACAGACCUGCCCCUGGGCUCAUUCCAACAAACAGGGGGUUUGCACUCAUGCCACAUCCGUACAAAGCUGGUAGCACAGGCUCCAAGCCGGGGCCAAACAUCCCUUCACACAGACAACAGGGUUUCAACAGCCGUGGUGUUGGUGCUCAACAGAACAAAUAUCAAGAGUCUCCCCAGAGUGACACCGCGCAGAGCAAGCCCUGGUCACAAGUUGGAUCCGCUCAAGUGGGUCAGCGGUUUCCGUCUCAUAGCCAAUCCAUUGCCCACAGUGGUCAGCAGCCACAGUGGUCCAGAACUCUGCGUCCACCACUCCGACCUCUGAACAACCCCCCUGCUCGUGCUUUGCCACCGCAAAACAAUACAUGGAAAUUUACUAACAGCUUUAGGCCACAAAGCACCUUCAGUGCUGGCAAACAGGUUACAAAUCAACGUCCGACCGUGCAGCCAAUUCAUAUGCAGGGGGAAGUAUCUCCAAAGAAGCCAGUGUUUGAGAACUCCCUGAGAAUACUGACUGCAAGUAUUGCUGGCAUGAGACACUGGAGCCAGUUCAAAGAUAGAGUCUCAUACCUCUUUGAGAUAUUUGCCACGCUGGACUCGGCAGUUACACUGGGCUGCCACGGAGCAAAGACUUUCCUCAUUAGAGAUGGAAAGGAGGUCGUGCAGUGUGUCUACUAUGAAAAUGAGUGGCAACUGCCUCGUCUCAUCCGCGGUCAAGUCCAUCGAUGUGUGGGCAACUAUGACCAGGGCAGAGAGGUCCUUGUGUGUGUGUCCAUCAGGCCCGCCCUGCCCUCAGAGCAGAGGAACUCAGAUGAAGCUGUCAAAGUGUGUGAUGCCGAAAUGAGAUUACUGGUCAAAUCAUUUAGUGAAGUCUGAGCAUGAAAAGGUAUCUGGGAACAGGCAAAUGUUCAGCAUUUCAUAAAGUCUGUUUAAGUUCAAAUUUACUGCCAUCCUUACGAAGAAGAGAGGUUUCUCCAAAGUAUCCUUAGUUUUUUUUUUUCACUUGUCAUGAAGUAGUUGGUAGACAAAUACACGUAGCUAGCAAGUCGAUUUCACUUCCACGUUCUCGGUAAGAUCGUUCGUAUUUAUCAACCAGUUCCACCACACUGUCAGUUGAAGUGAAGUAAAGCCUUUCCUUCUCGUAUCGUCCGAUGUGGUUUUUUUAUUACAAAGAAAAGUCACAGAGAAGCAAACAUCGUUUCGCGGUGAUGUCACAAAAAGGAAAACGCGAUGGGGUCAUAUCUGAAAAAAUAUAUAUUUUUUAAAUGGGGGGCCUUUAAGAAUAACAUGUGAGAUCAAGUACAGUUAGUUUAUUUACAGCCAAACAUCACAAUGGGGAAAAAACAAGAAUCUACUAGAACAGCUUUACCAGUGCUGAGACUUUACACACGAUGUUUCACCAUAAAAGAGGAACAGUCCUGGAAAUCAUUUUUCAACAAUCAAACAUCCAACAUUCCAACGUGGGUUUUUUUCUCACUUAGAGUUUAAACAAUUGGCAGACUACAAAAAUAAAGUUAAAUACACACGUUAGAAAAAAGAGUGGCGCUAAAUAGAAUUGGCAGUGUACAGGGACAGGAAAUAGAC